AUGCCCGGUGUCUUCUCCCGUCUGGUUGCUCCCACAGCUUUCUUGUGGGCGCUCACUCUGUCCCUCGUUAAUGCAGACCAGUCAACAACCAUCACGACUGACCUUUACCCCGAGACCUGGAAUGGCUGGGGCGUAUCUUUAGCUUGGUGGGCUAAAAUCUUCGGAGACCGAGAGGAUCUGGCAGAUGUUGUCUUUUCUCUAGAUUCGACUUAUUGGAGUCCUGGUAGCCAGACAUUGCCUGGUUUGGGAUUGAAUAUUUUACGAUACAAUGCUGGUGCGUGUUCAUGGAAUACCAUCAAUGGCACCGUGAAGAUGGCCGCAUCUGCAAAUAUUCCUGCAUCCAAACAGAUAGAAGGGUACUGGCUGGAUGGCUUGAGUACCGAUCCUAGUUCCUCUAGCUGGAACUGGACGGUGGAUGCAAACCAGCGCACGAUGAUGUUAAAUGCCCAGGCUCGAGGGGCAGAUACCUUUGAGCUCUUCUCCAACUCGCCUAUGUGGUGGCAGCUGAGCAACCUCAAUCCCAGUGGCGCCUCUGGCGGUGGAGACAACCUGCCUGCAUCCCAGUAUCAAAACCAUGCUAUUUAUCUCUCUACGAUUGCCCAGUAUGCCCAGGAGAACUGGGGAAUUACUUUCACGUCCAUCGAGGCGUUCAAUGAGCCAGCGUCUAGCUGGUGGGUAUCCACUGGCACACAAGAGGGAUGUCAUUUCAGUGCCACUUCCCAAGCAUCCUUGAUCCCGAUUCUCUCAAAGGAAAUGAAAGCCCGUGGCUUAGAUAACACCAUCAUCGCUGCUUCUGAUGAGAACAGUUUUGAGUUAGCCCUUGACGGCUGGGACACUAUUACCAAAGCAACGGAAAUAUCAUACGUUGGACGUGUCAACACACAUGGAUACCAAGCGCUGAGCGGACCACGCUCUGACCUCCGCGCAGCAGCUACCAGCGCCGGACAAGAGCUUUGGGACAGCGAAUACGGAGAUAGUGACGGCACCGGUGCAACCCUCGUUCAAGUAAUCAUGAUGGAUAUCAAAUCACUGCAGCCCAAUGCUUGGGUACACUGGCAGGUCGUUGAUGGCUCGGACUGGGGACUCAUUGAUGGCGAUAUCGCGUCUGAUACACUCAGUGGUGCUACGACCAAGUACUAUAUGCUGGCGCAAUUCAGUCGGCAUAUUCGCUCUGGAAUGCAGAUUCUCAACACUACUUCGAGCAAUGUUAUUCCAGCUAUUGAUGAGAGCAACGAUACGCUCGUCAUUGUUGCGGCGAACUGGGAUGAUGAUCAAACUUUUACCUUUGAUCUUUCGGCCUUUUCUGAGAUUCCAGAUGAUGGUACGGCGGUCAGUAGCUGGCUGACUGAUACUGCUGGUGAUAAUCUGUAUGCCACCAGUGAUGGGGUGGUCAUCGAGAAUAAAAAGAUCUCGGUGUCGAUUCCGAGCGAUACUGUGCAGACGUUUGAGAUUUAUGGUGUGAAAAUCUAG